GGUGUUGGUGGUGUGUAAGGGGCAGGACGUCUCCUGCUGUACAGCCCUCGCUGCUGAAGCGUCUGGUGCUUCCCUUUUCAUCUGGAGAUGUUAGAGAUAAGAGAGCUGGAGCGCUUCAGCAUGGCAGCUCCUCUGCUGCUCUUCUGCUGUGUCUGUACUCUGAGAACCUCUCUCUCAUACGUGGUGUUUCAGUCCCCCGACUUCAUCAGUGCCUCCAUCGGCGAGUCUUUUAAUCUAAAAUGCACUCGUGAUCUGCCGAUGGAGUAUUGUUACAACUCAAUAUCCUGGUAUAAAGUGAACCUGAGAAAUGGAAAACUGGGUGAAGUCCGUCUACAAAUUUUAGACCAGCUAGAAGAUGAUAAAAGAACAUGUACCAAGACAAUCAAUAAUGCCCAAGUUCAAGACUCAGGCCUUUACUACUGCGCAUCUGCACAUGAUAAAAUGCUUUUUAUUGGAAAUGGAACCAGAGUCGUCGUGACAGACACAGGUCCGUUAAAUCUGUCUGUGGUUGUGUACACCCCGGUGGUGGAGGAGGUGGAGGAGGACGAUCCCUCUGUUCUCCUGCAGUGUGUGGUGAUGGACACUGUUCCCUCUCAGGUCAGAGUUUGGUGGUUGGUCGAUGAUGAAGAGCACACAGGAUGGACAGAAUCAGGCUGGACAGGACAAGACGAUUCAGCCUCAGAAUACACUCGAGCUCAGAUCAGGAUUACUGCAGAGGAAUGGAGCGAAGCGACCAUCGAGUGUGUUGUGAAUUAUAAAAACCAGACCGUGUCCCGAACUGUGCCACGACCAAGUCACUCGGUCUCAUGUGCGUGGCUGCUGUACGGAGGCUGCACUGUCGCCAUCUUUACCAUCGCCGUGGCGAUCACUGUGGUUUUGUGUUUAAGAAAAGAGAAGCGAAUACUUCCAGCUAAAAGGCACAGUGAUGACGUGGAUACUCGGCGUAAACACCGGGCCAAAGGAAAACAGGAAACACUCAGGAACAAUCUACAGAAACCUGCUGAAGUAUCGGAAGUGGAAUAUUCCUUUUUGAACCCUGAAAUAUUCAAACGGCAGCCUCCUCCUCCUCCCAUCAACUUUGAAUAACAAAAGUAUAGGAACGUCUGUUUUUUCUUUUCAUGUAUUUGCUAAGAAAAAGUGUAUCUGUACUUUACUUGAGUUCUGGAAACUUGUUACUUUAACUUCACUCCAUUUGAAAGACAAAUAUUUUACUUUUUACUCCACUACAUUUCUGUCAAGGUCACUGAGUAUAAAGUAGUUACGUUAAUAAGAGGGUGAUUCCUUUUUCACUGAAUGUCGUGAAAUUCAGUGGUUUUCUGUCAUUUUUUGAACUCUGAUCAAAAUGGUGGCAAAAUGGACGAAGACAGAUCAUCGGCGCAGUGCAGGCAUCCAUGGCCAUAGUUAGACAGUAUGUUCGAGUUUUUAAUAAAGAGUAAAGAUUCUUUUCGUUUUAAAUGUUUGCUUUGUUUCCCGAAAACAAACCACAUCGCAGCCUCCAUCUCUCCAUCCAAACUCUCCAUCCAACCAUAUUGAGGUAUGUGUACUUUAAAUUUCUGGUAAAAGCUUGAAAUGGAUAUUCCCUGUGCCAUGAAGUAUGUAUGGUAAAGCAAAUGUUUUUUUUUUAUGUAUUUGUUUGCCUAGUUGCACCUGUAUUUACAACUUUUACUUGUAAUGAAGUAAUGUUUGACCAGUAGUAUCUGUACUUUCACUCAAGCAAGGAAGUUGUAUACUUUGUCCACCUCUGUAUUUAUUGUAAUCUGUUCAAUUUAUUUAUAAAAUUUUGCCUACUUUUUGUUUCAUGUCUGUAGGUGUUAGACACUCAGGUACACACAGCAAUCUCGCUCCAUUUUUUAAUUUAAUUUUAUUUUAUUUUUUUUUUAUGAUACUGUGAUGUGCAAAUUUAGGAUUUUCAAUAAAUCGUU